UUAAACAGGAGCUUGAAAUGAGAAUAGAAACACAGAAACAAACACUUCAGGCACGAGAUGAAAGUGUAAAGAAACUUAUGGAAAUGUUACAGAACAAAGGUGUUGGUAAAAUGCUAGAUGAGGAAAGAAUAGAGAUGGAAAGACUGAAAACAAGACUUGCCGAAGAACAAACUAAAUCUCGCCAUUUACAAAACUUGCUGGAAAACAAAGACCGAGAGGUAGGAAAGGAUCAAGAAAAUUAUAGUCCAAAGUUUAGUGAGUGCCAACAAAAAACAAGAUCCACGGAAUCUACAAAUUACAUUAGUCAAAACAACCGGAUCUCAACAAUGGAAGCCAUCAUAGAAACAAAGGAUGCCAGAAUAACUGCUUUAGAAGGGGAGAUAGAACUUCUUGAACAAGAACUAGUUAACAUGAAUGAAGCUGGCCCAGCGAAGGAAAAUAUUAAUUCAACAGGCCUACAGGGCAGCUACCACAGCAAGGAAAGUAUUAAUUCAACAGGCCUACAGGGCAGAAACCACAGCAAGGAAAGUAUUAAUUCAACAGGCCUACAGGGCAGAAACCACAGUAAGGAAAGUAUUAAUUCAACAGGCCUACAGGGCAGAAACCACAGCAAGGAAAGUAUUAAUUCAACAGGCCUACAGGACAGAAACCACAGCAAGGAAGAUAUUGAAGUUCUUCACCGGUCAGAAAAAGAGCUCAAGGGAAAAGUAGAAGAACUAAGAAUAGAGCUGAACCGUAGAGAUCAAGAGAUUCUGGGAAUGGGAGCCAAAAUGCGAACAUUGGAGGAACAGCAUCAGGAUUACCAGCGACACAUUGCUGUGCUCAAAGAAUCUCUAUGUGCCAAAGAAGAACAUUACAAUAUGCUUCAAUCUGAUGUGGAAGAGCUCAGAAUGAAGCUAGAUGAUAAAAACCAAAUAAUAGAAAAGAAAACCCAGCAGACCAGCUCAAGCACUCAGGAAAAAAACAAAUUAUCACAUGAAAAUCAGGAGCUUAGAGAUCACAUGGAGAUCAAAGAUAGGAAAAUCAAUGUUUUACAGAGAAAGAUUGAAAACCUUGAGGACUUGCUGAGAGAAAAAGACAACCAAGUCGACAUGGCAAGGGCUAGGUUAACAGCCAUGCAGGCUCAUCACUCCUCAUCUGAAGGAGCAGUUUCCAGCUUGGAAGAAGCCAUCAGUGAUAAGGAGAAGCAAAUCAACCAACUUCGGGAGCAAAGAGACCGAGCAGAACAAGAAAGAAAUGAAGAAAAGGAGCUUCACGAGCGUGAGAUAGCUGAGUACAAGAUGAAGAUGCAUGCAUUAGAGAGUGAGAUGGAGAAAUUACAGGUGAGGUUAGAAAAAGCAGCUUCUGAGAAAGACAGGCUCGAAGUUAGACUUGAAAAUUCUCAGUCAGAACUUGGGCAGGCUAGGGCUGAACUUGAUAAGCUUCAGUUUGAAAUGAAUCGGACUCAGUCUAGUUGGGAGAGGGGAAGAGGUGAAAGUUCACGCUUAGCUUUGGAGAAUGAACGUUUGCGUGAACAGCUCGAUAGAUUAAAGGCUGAAUUAAAUAGAUCGCAAGAAACAUUUGGUCUUAAAUCCCAACGAUACCAGUCAAAUGAGGUAGAAAUGCUACAAGAAAAAUUAGAUAAAGUUCAAAGUGAGCUUAGGAGAGCUCAAGCUGAACUUCGAAUGAACCAAGCAGAGCAAGAUCGAUCAAGAGGGGAGGUUGAACAGCUUCAAGAAAGAAUUGAACGAUCUCAGGGAGAGAUUUACAGACUCAAAGCCAAGCUAGAAAAUGCUCAGUCAGAGAGAGAGAGUAUUCAGGAAGAAUAUGACAGAAUUCAGAGCUGUGUUGCUCGUGCUCAGGCUGAAAGAGAUAAUGCCAUGACAGAAUCUGACAAACUCAGAACUGAACUAGAAAGAGUUCAGGCAGCCCUUAGUAAGCUGGAGGAGCUUCAUGAGAAAACUCAAACUGCUUUAGAUAAGUCAUUGCUAGAGUCUGAUAAGUUCCAAGAAGAACUGGAAAAAGUAAAUAGUGAAGUAAGAGUGCUUAAAGCAGAGAGUGAAAACAAUCAGAGUGAGCUGGAUAGUAUGCACUUAGAAAUGCGACAGAUGGAAAAUCAAAUUGAAAAGCUUCAGAAAGAAAAAGAUUCAGCAGAACAGGAAGUUGAGAAAAUUCAAGAAAAGUAUGAAAGAGCUCAAGUUUACUAUCAACGUUUGCAAAAUGAAAAAGACUCAUGCCACAGUGAAAUUGAAGAAUUACAAAACAGAUCUGAUCUUCUUCAGGCCCAGUUAAGUAAAACCCAAAAAGACAAGGAAAACCUUCAAGCUGAGUAUGAAGUUGUUCGAGAAAGAUUUGAAACAGCACAAGAUCAGUUGGAAAUCAAUAAAUCAGCAUGUGAAGGUUUUGAUAAUGAUUUAAAAAUGUUGAGAGAAAAACAUGACAAUGUGAAAGAACAGUUAGAAAGGGUACAAACCAGUCGAGAUCUCUGUCGAGCAGAGAAUCACAAGCUUCAAGAAAAGUUAGAUAAAAGUCAGUCUGAAGUAUACAAGUUGGAGUCAAGCCUAGAACAAGCACAAGCUGAAGUUGAAAGACUAACUUUAGAGCUAGAAAAGGCCCAGAUGACUGCCACCCGCACCAAAGAUGACCACAAACACUUGCAAGAAGACUUUGAAGCACUUCAGGAACAGUGUAACAUCGCAAGUUCUCAGCUCAACAGAGUUAAAGAAUUAGAGGAAAAACUGAAAACUAAACUUGAUCGUUGCCAACUCGACCUCGAGGUCUUGCAAGACAGGUAUGAUAAAUCUCAGGCUGAUCUUCGGAAAGUGCAAUAUGAGAGGGACAGCUUGCAAACUGAUGCUGACCGUAUGUCCAUAGAACUCGAGAAAAUAAAAACUCAGGCAGGAAAAACACUAAACUCACAUGAAGAAGAAGUAUCCAGAUUACAAAAUGAUUUAGAAAAAAUGUAUGAAAAAUUAGACAGGUUCCAAAGUGAUCUUCGAAGAACUCAGAGUGAAAAAGAUCGACUAGAAUCACAGAAAGAGAAUAUGGAACAUGAAAUGGGGCGGUAUCAAACACAACUUACAAAAUAUAAGGCUGAAUUGGAUGCUAGUUAUACAGAAAUAGAAAAGUUUAAAAAUAAAUAUGAUAAUGCUUUGAUGGACUUGGACCGGGUUUAUGAGGAAAAAAAUAAAUUUGUCUUAGAAAUCCAACACUUGCAAGAUGAAAUUGACAAAAUGCAUGAUGAUAAAUUAGAAAUGGAGAAAAGCAAACAACAUCAAGACUAUGAUAGACUAAGUUAUGAAUUAGAGAAACUGAAACAACAAUAUCAAGAGAGAGAGACUGAUAUAUGGGAACUUGAAAAUCAAAAACAAAAACAUGAAAAAGAAAUUGACAGGUUGCAAAAAGAGCUUUCCACUGUUCAAGAAAAAAUUCAUAAAUCUUAUGAUGAAAAUAAAAAACAGGAGAAAUUAUUAAUAGACAAUCAAAAGUUGAAAGAAAGUAUUGAACAACUUGAAAUAGAAUUAGAAAGAAUAAGAAGAGAACGAGACAGACUUAGAUCAGAAGUUGAAAUGUCCCAAGAAAAACUUGACUUACAAGCAUCACGUGAAAAAAAAUUCAAACUUCAAAUUGAACGAUUAGCAACAGAAAAUGAUACACUCCAAGAGAGUGUUGAUCAUGCACAAAAAGAAGUUGAAAGAGCAAGAAAGGAUAGAGACAGAAUACAAGUUGAUCUUGAGUUACUGCAGACAAGAUUUGAUAAGUACAUCUCACGAGAUACUAAUCUCAAACAAGAAAUUGAAAGAUCGAUGAUAAGUAAUCAACAACUCACUGAAAAAAUUGACAAAGUACAGACUGAACUGGAGAAAGUUCAGCAAGACCGAGACAGAAAACAAAUGGAAAUGGAAACCGUUCAAGAAAAACUUAACAAUUAUAUUUCCACAGACAAAGAGCAACAACUUGAAAUUGAUAGAAUUAAUGUUGAAAACAAAAGGCUUAAGGUGGAUUUAGAUGAUAUUCGUAUUGAAAUGGAGAAAUUACGAAGAGAGAGAGAUAGAAAGCAAAGAGAAUUGGACUCAUUUCAAGUAAAGCUUGACAAUUAUGCUUUAAACAAAGAUGAUCAGAAGGAAGAAAUUGAAAAGGUCAUGACUGAAAAUCAAAAGUUGAAAGUAAAUUUAGAUGAACUGUACACAGAACUGGAAAAAAAGGAAAGAGAAAAUGACAAAAAACAGAGAGAAGUCGAUUCUAUUAAAGAAUCACUUAAUAACUACAUUACAAGGGACAAAGACCAGAAACAGGAAAUUGACAGAAUUAGCAUAGAAAAUAAAAAACUUAAAAUCAGUUUAGAUGAUAUCAAUUUUGAAAUUGAAAAAUUGCAAAGAGAAAGAGACAGAAAGCAAAGGGAAUUAGAAUCAAUUCAAGAAAAGCUUGACAGUUAUGCCUUGAGUAAAAAUGACCAGAAAAAAGAAAUUGAGAAAGUUGUGUCCGAAAACCAAAGACUGAAGAUAGUUGUAGAUGAACUGCAUGCUGAUGUGGAAAAAGUAACACGAGAAAGAGAUAAGAAAAAAAGAGAACUUGAAGCAGCUCAUGAAGAGCUUAAUAGUUAUAUUUCAAUAAAUGAUGAACAAACAAAAGAAAUUCAGAAGUUUGUGGUUGCAAAUAAAAAACUGAAACUUGAUCAGGAUGAACUGAUUGUAAAACUGGAAAAAACUCAAAAAGAAAAAGAUGAAACACUUAGAGAAUUAGAGUCAGUACAAGAAAAACUCGAUAAAUUUGCUUUAAGUAAAGAUGAACAAAGGGAAGAGAUAGAAAGGAUAGUGUUAGAAAAUGAAAGUCUUAAAAUAAAGUUGGAUGAAUUACACAAUGACUUAGAAACACUAGAACAAGAUAUAGAGGGAAAGCACAAAGAACUUGUAACAGCCAAGGGACAGCUCCAUGAAUAUAUAUCUCUUGAUGAGAGUCAGAAAAAUGAGAUUGAAAAACUUGCAUAUGAAAAAGAAAUGCUUAUAACAACUUUGGAAGAAAUUCGUUCUGAAUUAGAUCAAACAGUUGAAGAUAGAAGCAAAUUAAAGACUGAAUUAGAUUCUCUUAAGGUUCAGGUAGAAAAACUCACUGUUGAAGAAGAUAGUAAAAAACAAGAAGUGGACUUACUUUAUCAGAAAGUUGAACAGCUGGAAAUGGAACUGAGAAAAGCUAGAAUUGAUUUCGAAAAGAAAGAAGUUGAAUUAAGUUCUGCUCAGGAGAAAAUUAGGCAUUAUUUAUCUCAUGAAAAUGAACAUAAAAAUGAGAUUAAAAAACUAAAGACUGCAAACCAACAGUUAGAAGAAAACAUAGCAAGGCUUCAAACAAAUUUGAAUACAAUAAGAAAAGAUAGAGAUAAAAUACAAACAGAUCUUGAUUCAUGUAAACAAAACCUUGAUAAGCAUGUUUCAAAAGAAAAAGAGUUAAAACUGGAGAAAGAAAGAUUAGAAACAGAAAUCAAAACUCUCCAUGAAAAAUUAAGUUAUCUUCAUGGAGAUUUAGAGAAAACACAGAGGGAAAAAAACUCACUUCAGAAGGAGUUUCAAGAUCUUCAUACUGCUUUAGAUCGCACUCAGGCACAACUAGAAAGACUUCAUUCUAGCCACCAGAAGUCACAUGAAGACCUGCAGCAAACGACCAGUGAAAGUGAGCAGCUGAGACAGCUCGUGAGAAAAUACGAAACAGAGUUUCAGCAGUCUGUUUCACAAAAUAGUCUUCUCCAGAAAGAAAUUCAUCAACUAAGACAGGAUGUAGAAGACGCCGGCAAAUAUAUCGAGAAACUCUUAGAAACCCAAAAAAGUGAUAAAAAUGCAUUGGAACACUUAUUGGAAGAAAAAAAUUUGAUUGAAAGCAACUUCGAAAAAUCUCAGAAAGAGUUGCAACAAAUGAAGAAGAUAAACGAAAAGGUUCUGAUGUAUGAAAAUGAACUUCAAAAGUAUCGAGAGGAGGAAAUAAAAAAUCAGGCUGCUCUAGAAAGGUCAAAAGCAGAGCUACAAAAUUCACAGCUUGAAUUUCAAAAAUUGCAAGAGAAGUUAGAGAAAAUGGAAGCAGACAACAAAGAACUUCAAGAGAAAUUAAAUGUAGCUCUGCAAGCAAUAACUAAGUUCCAGAAGCAGGCACAAAAGUCCAACGAAGACCUUCAGAGCACAAAAAAAGAAAAUGAAGAGCUAAGAGAGCUUUUGUCUCAAAACCAAAAAACAAUGGAAAAUAAGUUUCAAGAAGAACGAAAUGACACCAAAAGAGAACUUGAAAGGCUCUGCUCAGAACUGAAUAGUCGUAAAGCAGAAAUAGAAAAAGCAAACGAGGAGGUUCGAAAGUAUAAGAAAUAUCUAGCAAAAGUUCAAGAAGAAAGCCAGAUACAGAAACAUCAAAUUGAAACAGAAGUAGAAAAACUCCAAAAAGAUCAGGAAAACUAUAAGUCUGAAAUUCAAAGAGCUCAUGAAGAAAUUCAAGAUUAUCAGAAACAUAUGUCAAAGAUUGAAGAAGAAGUCAGGAAACAGACUGCAGGGAAAAGGGAAGCUGAGAAACAGAUAGAAAGCCUAAAACAAGAAGUAGAAAAACAUAAAAGUGAAGUAAGGAAAGCUAAAGAAGAAGUUGAGAGAUUCCAUAUGCAAGUGACAAAAAUGCAAGAAGAGGCCGGAAACCAGAGCGUUUUGAAACAACAAGCCGACAGAGAAAUGGAGAGAAUGAAGCUUGAAGUUGAAAAUCAUAAGGCUGAAGUUCAAAGAGCUAAUGAAGAUAUCCAGAAAUACCAACAACAGUUGGUUAAGAUACAAGAAGAAAAGAAAUCUCAGAUGGUGCAGAAAGAUUUGGAGUUUGAGUCCAUGCAGAAAGAACUUGAAACAAAAAAAAUUGAAACAAACAAAGCAAAUGAAGAAAUAAAAAAAUAUAGAAAAAAAAUAACCAAGCUUCAAGAGCAGUUAGCAGCCCAACAAGAUCAGAAGGAUCAGUCAACAAAACUUGAAAAUAUGUGUAAAGAAUUUGAGAAACUAAAAACAGAAAAUAUGAAAUUACAGGAGGAGACUCAAAAACUAAAGAAGCAACUGCUAAAAUCUCAAGAAGAAACUAAGUCAUUUACAAUUGAGAGAGAAAGAUUUCAGAAUCAGUUAGAACGACUGGUACAAGAGCUAGAGAAUAGGGAGACUGAGCUUCAAGCUUUACGAACCCAGCAAGAUACUUCCAAAGAAAAGGACUUACAGCACAAUACAGAUAAUGUUGCAUUAGAAAAGCAACUGCAGAAGGAGCAAAAAACUGUUGAGGAUUUACAGAAGAUACUGAAAGAACAAAAAGAGAAGUUAGAUCAUAUGGAAGUAGAAAGAAAACAGAAUGAAGCCUUAACCAAAGAAAUUGAUGAACUACAUCAGAAGACUUCUGAACUAGAAAAAGUCAGAAUGGAAAGUAAAAAAGAACUUGAAAAAACCAAAGAAGAAGCAAAACAUUCAUCCACAGAACUUGAAAGACUGUUACAAAUUAUGUCCAACAUGGAAGAGGAGAAAUUUUCUCUAAAUCAGCAAAUACAAGAUUUACAGAAUUCUCUAAAAGAAAAAGAUUCCAAGUUAAACAACAUUAAACGAAGUCAGCAUGCAGAGAAGACAAAGAGUGCUCAGAUGUUAGAAGAGGCUCGACACCGUGAAACUGAGCACAGUAAGGAAUCUGCUAAAGCCCAGGAACAAAACGAACAACAGCUGCAGAGAAUUGAAGAACUUGAAGAGGCUUUAAGAGAGAGUGUUUGUAUAACUGCUGAUAGGGAAGUUGCACUGGCCAAGAAGGAUUCUCUUUAUAAACAGGCCGAAAAUAGGAUCAGUAAUUUGAUGGCUGAAUUAAAAGCUCUUCAAAAUACCCACAAUGCAAGGUGCACAAACUGUCCAAACUUCAAGGUUACACUUAAAGAUAAAGAAGUGAAACUCCAGAAAUUAACAUCAGAAAGAAAACAACACCUGGAAGAAAUGUUUGAAAUCAAGUAAGUGGGGAUCAGCUGAUAUGUAAUACCCAAUAAUAUAAGAUAAAUGUUUGAAAUUAAGUAGGUGGGGAUCAGCUGAUAUGUAAUACCCAAUAAU